AUGACUACAAACGACCCUUCGAAGGACAAUAAAGCUGAUUACUUGAGACGCUAUCUCGAACCUGUGGGUAGUAAGAAGAAACGAAAAGCAGUUAACGACAUCACAGUGAAAUACAUCUCUGGCGAUCUCCCUGAAACUUUGGAUGCAUUCUAUAAAACAGAUGCGGAUAGUUUUGAAUUUCCAUCAGACCCAUCGUUCGUAGAACCAUUACCUACAGUGGUUCGACAGGCAACUUUGCUCAAAGAUAAAAAGUCAAAACAAGAAGACAAAUCGAGAAAGGAAGCAGAGUUGGAAGCCAGAUACGAUGUAUGGAAUAAAGGCAUUAAAACUCUAGAAGAAACUUAUAAUAAACUCAAAGAACAGGAAUAUGAAAGCUCAAAACCACUGGCACGAUAUGCUAGUGAUAAAGAUCUUACAGAACAUCUAAAGUCACAAAUACAUUCUGAAGAUCCUAUGGCUCAGUAUUUUGUCCGGAAAUCAGCUAAAAAGAAGCAGAAGAAGAAAAGCCACAAAAAGAAAAAGCACAAACAUUCAUCUCAUUCCGACAUCUCACACUCAUCCCAAUCAGACGAUAGUGAUGACGAUGACGAAGAAGAGGAAGAUUCUCGACCACGUUACAAAGGUCCUGAGCCACCUCCAAAUCGUUAUAAUAUAUGGCCUGGUUUCCGUUGGGAUGGCGUGGAUCGUAGUAAUGGCUUUGAAAAAAAAAUAGUUGAAGAUCAAACUCGCCGACGAGUUGAACGUGAAAUAGCUCAACGCUGGGCAGUGGAAGAUAUGUAA